AUGUACAUGUUUCUAUUCUUUAUGAUAUGGGUGGAAGUGGGAGGAUACCUUGACGGAUUCAUCGACCAUCAAUUCACCGUCGAUGAUGUGAUUCGUAAAGAUCUCAAGCUCAAUUUGGAUAUCGCCGUGGCCAUGCCAUGCAAAUAUGUUAACGCUAAUGUGAGAGAUUCUACGCAGGAUCGGAUACUUGCUGCUGAAAAGCUCAACUUUGAGGGAAUUUCUGAUCAGGUGCCUGAAUGGUACUUUCAGACAAAAAAGAAGGUGUAUACGCCCCAACUAGAGGACGUUCUAGCCAAUUCAGUGGAGGCCAGGUUCUUUACAGAGGGUCAGCACAUCAACGUGGAGAUGCCAUUUUGCCGAAUUUUUGGUACCAUCCCAAUCAAUCGAGUUCAGGGAGAGUUCCAUAUUACUGCCAAAGGGUAUGCCUAUCCUGAUAGAACUAUGGCUCCCGAGGCAUCGUUCAACUUUACACAUUUCAUCUCUGAGUUCUCCUUUGGAGAUUUUUUCCCCUACUUGGACAAUCCGUUAGAUAUGACAUAUAAAGUCACAGAUGAAAAGAGGCAUUCUUAUCAUUAUAAGUUGGACAUCAUUCCAACCAUGUAUAAGAAAUUGGGUCUGGAGAUCGACACUACUCAGUAUGCAAUGUCUAUGUUUGAGACUACUGAAAGAUACAUGCCGGGCAUAUUUUUCCGGUACGACUUUGAUCCUAUCAAAAUGAUUGUGGCGGAAAGAAGGUUGUCCUUCUGGCAUUUCUUCGUCAAGCUGGUGACCAUUAUUGGAGGAAUCUGGAUCAUGACCAAGUGGAUAUAUAGAGGAAUUGAGAAGCUUAUUUUGUUGGCCUUUGGUAAGGAGUUUGCCAGAAGAGGUGAGGAGAAGAAAAAAGGAGGAUUACUAGAUUCUGAUGAGUUUGAAAAGAUAUAG